AUGUUUGCAGGUAUGGCGGUGUCACCGAUGAGUACGCGAGAUCCUGCAAAACGAUUGGCGAGCGUCUUUGCAGACGCGGAUGUCCGCAUCGUGAUCGUUCGUGAUGGGGACGAGGCAUUGAAGGUGGGCGAACUCACGAAUGCGAAAGUUUUUACCGUCGAAGCGUUAUUCAGGGCCCAACAACGAUCAGCCACUGCGACCAUCGCAGUAAAAGCCGACGACGCCUCGCACGUGUUUUUCACGAGUGGAUCUACGGGGCGACCGAAGGGCUGCGUGGCUUCACACGCCGCGCUGUUGUCAUACUGCGAAGCGAAGAACAUUGCACAUGAAAUUGACGGUACAAGUGUUGUGUACUGUGCGAGCAGUCACAUGUUUGACCCGCACUUUACGGAUUUUUGCAGCGCCAUCGUCGCCGGCUGUACGUUGACUUCAGCGUCGCGUGAAGUCACGUUCGCGCGACUCGGUGAUGCUUUGCGAGUAUCGAGCGCAACGCAUUGUUUGACGACGCCUAUUUUGCUCAGUUCGGUACGAGAAAUUCCGAGUUUGAAAUAUUUGCGGCUCGUCGCGCUCGGCGGAGAAACGAUGUCUAAAUCGCUCGCGCAAGCUUGGCUCGAUGCCGGCGUUCGAGUGGCAAACACAUACGGCGUCACGGAAUGUGUCGCGUAUCAGACGUUCUGUGAGAUAAAACAAGCGUCAAACGAUGACUUGCGCACGUUGGGGGAUCCACUUCCGGGUAAUACAUUCAUAUUUGCCGCCGAUCCCGGCGACGAUCCGACGUUGACGGCGAAAGCGGGCGAGCUUGCAGAACUAUGGAUCGGCGGGCGCCAGGUCGGGAACGGAUAUUUGAACCGUCCUGAGCUCACAUCGGCGCGUUUUAAAAAUAAUUUGUACCGAACGGGCGACAUAGUUAAAGUUUCCUCCGACGGCCAGCACAUUCUCGUCGGACGUCGCGACGAUCAAGUGAAGAUAAGCGGUCAGCGCGUCGAGCUUGGAGAAGUUGAAGACGCGAUUCGCCGUACGUGCAGCGCGUUCACACGUGAAGUGAAGUGUGUUCUGGCAAGUACAACAAAACAGCUCAUCGCUUAUUGCACUGGAUCUUUCACGGACGUUGACACCGUGGUCACGGCGGCCAUGCGAUAUGCCGUCGCCCGAGAGAUUCCUCAGCACAUGGUUCCAUCCAUGUUUGUGUUUUUGGACGAGUUGCCGAUGACGUCGACAGGAAAAGUUUCGCGCGCGGAUUUGUCGCGGCGCGAAGUCGAUGUGCGCGAGCAGGGAUGCGCAAUCAAGUUUGGUGAGUUUGGUGCGGAUUUGGCACGAAUAUGGUCAGAUGAGCUUGGUGUCGAUGUAACGCACGGUGAUGCGGAUUUCACAGCGAAUGGUGGCGACUCGCUACGAGCGCUUAGAGUAGUUCAGCGAGUAAAAGCGCUCAUCAUAAAAGAAGACGUCGACGCUGGUGGUGGUACGUUCGGCGAAGCACUCGGGGCGUUUGCGCCCAUCGAACUGUUACAGCGCUCACGGCUAAAUGACUACGCGCGCUUUAUUCGCGGCAGCGUCGAAGACUGGCCUUCAAGAUAUGCCACGGAUUCAGACGCCGAUGAAGCCGAGGCAACGCUCAGUGAUAUCGAUAUCGGCUUGCACGUAUUGAUUCGCGCAUCAGCGGCAGGUCACGUGAGUUUGGUAAAGCUGCUCGUCGAUGCAGGCGUUAGCGUCGAUCCAAACUCACGCUCAACGCCGCUCCACGUGGCGUGCGCCAAUGCGCGCGUCGAAUGCGUGCGAGCGCUCCUUGAUUCCGGUGCCUCCGUGAACGCGCUCGGUACUAGCAGAAGAACGCCGUUGAUAUUUGCCGUUUCUUCGCCGAUGUGUACAUCUGAGCUCGUGAAGAUUCUGUUGGGACGUGGCGCCGCGAUUGGCGCAGUCGACGAGGACAAGCAAACUGUUUUGCACGCCGCGGCGCGGGUGGGCGCGGCGUCUUCGGUCAUCGGCACCUUACUCGACGCGCAGUCUACUUCAUCCGCGAAAGGUAAAGCGUCAAAAAAAGCGUUGAUGUUGCACGUCAACGCUCUCGAUGUCUGGGGACGUACCGCCUUGCACUGGGCCUCGGUAAACGGCCAUCGCAACGCGUGCAAAUCGCUCCUCGAGCGAGACGUAGACGCAUCGAUCAAAGAUGUCAACGGCGAAACCGCGCGCGACAUAGCCGAACGCCGCGCGCUGUGUAGCGCCCAGGAGCGCCCCAGAGGCGGUCGGCCGAGCACGUGGGGCGACAUCGCCAACUUACUCGGCGGAAGCGGAGCUACGAAACACCUCAAAGCGUCUCUGGCGUAA